AUGUCAAACGCAAGAGAUAUCCGUCCUCGUCAGGACGAUGUCUCCCUCCUCGCUACCUCCCCCAACGCCUCCUUCAAUUCCCCAUCCAGCCACAGCUCUGCCUUCAACCGUACGGUUCCAGUGAACGCUAAACCCCUCAAGCCAUUCGCUACAGAAGAUAUCAAGGUCCUGCUCCUGGAGAAUGUCAACCAGACCGGCCGCGAAAUCCUUUCCCAGCAAGGCUACCAGGUGGAAUUCCUGAAGUCUUCCCUCCCAGAAGAUCAGCUCAUUGAGAAGAUUCGGGAUGUCCACGUCAUUGGUAUUCGCUCUAAGACGAAGCUCACCGCACGAGUCCUGAAGGAAGCGAAGAACCUAAUCGUCAUCGGUUGCUUCUGUAUCGGUACCAACCAGGUCGACCUCCAAUAUGCCGCCGACCAGGGUAUUGCCGUCUUCAACUCCCCCUUCAGCAACUCUCGCAGUGUUGCCGAGUUGGUCAUUGGUGAAAUGGUCAUGCUUGCCCGUCAAUUGGGCGACCGCUCCAGCGAGAUGCACGCUGGUACCUGGAACAAAGUGAGCAACGGUUGCUGGGAGAUUCGUGGAAAGACACUCGGUAUCAUUGGAUAUGGCCAUAUCGGUGCUCAGCUGUCCGUACUGGCUGAGGCAAUGGGAAUGUCCGUCAUCUACUACGACGUGCUCAACAUAAUGUCACUGGGUACUGCUCGCCAAGUGGAGACCUUGGAUGAUCUCUUGGCCGGAGCUGAUUUCAUUACCUGCCACGUUCCCGAACUUCCCGAGACCAAGGGCAUGAUUGGACAGAAGCAGUUCGAGAAGAUGAAGAAGGGAAGCUACCUGAUCAACGCCAGCCGAGGAACCGUUGUAGACAUCCCCGCACUUAUCGAUGCCAUGCGCAGCGGUAAGGUUGCUGGUGCCGCGCUGGAUGUGUACCCCAAUGAGCCCGCCGGAAACGGAAGUACCGAGGAGGCUCAGAAGGCCAUUGGUGUCGAAGUUGCCCAGGCUCUGGUCCGCUAUGCUAACGAGGGUUCAACCCUGGGUGCUGUCAACUUGCCCGAGGUUGUCCUCCGUUCCUUGACAAUGGAUGAGCCUGACCACGCUCGCGUGAUCUACAUCCACAAGAACAUUCCUGGAGUGUUGCGUAAAGUCAACGAGAUUAUUGGUGACCAUAACGUCGACAAGCAAAUGACCGAUAGCAGAGGCGAUGUUGCCUAUCUGAUGGCUGAUAUCAGCAAUGUGGACGCUGCCACCAUCAAGGAAUUGUAUACCAGUCUCGAGAGCCUUCCUUCUCGCAUCAUGACCCGCGUGUUGUAUUAA